AUGACUGAAAGUUGUAUAGAUUUACCCGAAUUGGAGAGAUUGAGAUCGACAAAUACAGAUGGAGUUGAAGGAACUCAAGCAAAUCAAACUGAACACAAAUGGCGAAUCAUUCUGGAGCCGGCUCUCGUUGGGUCCAUGAUGGCUAUAAAUCUUGGACAAACAUCUCUUCAGAAUUUUUACUUACGAACUGCUUGCACUGUUGACUUGGGUUAUUCGUUUAAUAUAUGUGAUAAAGGGGUUGGAGAGGAAUUUCGUGCAGCUGAGGCAGCAAGCCAAGUAGUGGUUUCAAGCAUAAAUGUGAGCCGAAGUUUUGUUGGUUCACUUAUCGCCACUAUGGUGCUAUUAUUCGUGGGUCCAUGGAGCGAUUGUAGUGGACGUAGGAAGCCUUUACUAAUAUUACCCCUACUUGGGAUGUGUGUGAUGACUACUGGAGUGCUUUUGAUGUUGACCUUCCCUGGUGCUGAUACAAAACAAGUACUCUAUAUGGUACAGAUACCGAUAUCUAUGGGUGGAAACUUUGGCUUAUUGUUAGCCGCGUCAUUUAGUUACAUCGGAGACCUUUGUCAUGCCACCGGUCGUGAUGUAACGAGAACAAUGGGCACUCAUCGCGCCGCUGUUCAAUUCGCCCACGUUUUGGGAGCUGUUUGCGGUCCUUUACUAUACCGCCAUCUCGGAUUCUACGGUGUGUUUCCACUUGUAUUGUUCUUGCAGGUUGCAUCUCUCAUUUACGUGGUGGUAACGGUCAAAGAUGUCAAUGUCAAUCUUGAUAAUAAAGUUUCGGUUUUCAACUGGAGAUUACCGUUGAAUGCAAUACAAUGUUUGACUAGGAAGAGAGAUGGCUACAAAAGACUUGUGAUACUCUUAAUGCUGAUUGUAGCUCUUGGUGACAGAAUGUUACUGUCAGCGGAGGUUUUACUCUCCUAUAUGUACUACAGAUACAAAUUUCAAUGGGACGAUGUGAUGUUUGGAUCAUUCCUAGCUUACAGGAAUACUAUUAGUUUUAUGGGCACAUUGUUGAUCCUGACGGUGUUGAAGCGUCGUUUCAAGCUAUCAGAUGAAACGGUUGGAGCAAUAAGCUGUGUCUCCUACAUGCUGGCUUCUUCUUCACUUAUAGCUUCCAAAACCACUUUACUCGUGUUUAUGAUUCCAAUAAUAGGCAUCAUAUCACAAGGUUCGCAAGUGGUACAACGGCCUUUAUUGAACAAACAGAUCUUGCCAACAGAACAAGGUAAAAUAUACAGUGUUCUCGGCGCUUUGGAGUCAGCGACGCAAAUGCUUUCAUCUCCAUUGUACUCGCUGCUCUAUACGAAAACUGUUUCCACUAUACCGGACGCGUGGCUCAUACCUGGGAUCAUUUUAGCUAUAAUACAACUCCUUUCAUAUCUAUACACGAGAAGACUGCAACAAUUAAUACCAAAUGAAAAAAAUAUACCCCUACCUGUAAUAAAAACAAACGAAAAGGUAGCAGAUCUCAAGAGCUGA